AUGGCUUCAUUCAACGCCAAUGGCUACGUGAUGGCCUCCCGAAUUCCCAUCCGGGACGUCCAGCCGGUCAACAACGAGCGAUCUGUCGCGCCCCUCCGAAUCGUCUCUCGUAUCAUUGGAACUAGAGAAACCUGUACCGGCUCAGCCAGUCAGUGUGAGAAGCCAGUCGACCCUUCUACCCUCACAUUGCCCAUCACUCUUGGCGUCACGAUCCCCAUCGUCGGCGCUUUGUGUUUGCUUUUCUACUUCCACCGAAGAAAUGUCAAGAGGCAAAAACAGGAGGAUGCGACUGAUCCCAACCGAGGCCUGGAUUUCGGACUUGGCGAGACCAGUUCUGAUAAGGGUGGAAAAGGAAAGCGCAAGAGCAUGAUGUUCCGUGAGAAGGGAAUGGGCCUCGACACGAAGCAUCGUCAACUGUCUAUGGACAUGAACCUGGACAGCCCCUACCUUCUUCCCCCUGGUCUUCAGAGCUCGCGUGAGUCUCUGCACUCUCUCGCGAGAACCCUCCACAGCGAGGCAGACCCCUAUCGGCCCGUGGCUGGGUACACCGGCAGCGAUGUCGGUUCCAUCCGAUCGUACAAGCCCGAUGGUGCUUCCGUUUACACCAAAUCGACGAGCCGACGCGGUUCCGCCAUGACUGGUCGCACCACGAUGACCCAGAACACCUUGCCUCCUAGGCAAAACUCCCUCCCCAGGCCUCCUCCUGCGACGGCAGACCCCUUCGCCACGCCCAAGUCUAGGUCUGGCUCCCCCGCCCUCGAAAUCAUGACGACAAAUUCUCCCGUCGUCUUGUCCCCCACCUCCCCGGUCAUUCGAAGUCCGCUCAUCGCUGAGCCUAUUAUUCCCAAGAUCGAGACCAUGCCGUACCCCGAUGACAGAAACGGCGGUUCCCUUCCUCAGAUUCCCGACGUCCCGGAACCUGCCCCUGUCGCUCAAAGGGGACUUCCCAGCAACCCUCGUCCAUCCGCCAAGAACCCGUCCAUUCCCGAAGUUCAAGAGCUGGAUAGCACGCCGGCCGCAGCCCCCGUUGGCCUUGGUCUCGACGACAUGAACUUCCCCGCCCAGAAGAAUGCUGCUCCCUCAACACUCCCGACUAUUGUGCCCGAGGAAACGAAUGCUUACGACCGCGAAAGCUAUUACGACUAUGACUUUGAGGAUAGAGGCCGAUCUCAGAGACGCUCUGUGGAUAUGAACGACAACCGCAUGUCACGUGCACUUGGUGUUCCGGGUCAGGACGCCAAGAGGCUUUCAGUUGGCUUCCGACCCCUGCCUCCUGAUGAGGUGACUGAGUCCGAGGACCCUGAAGAGCGUGCCAACAGAAUCAGAUCAUUCUACAAGGAGUACUUCGACCCCGACAACCCGCACGCUGGCCAAGCCCCGCCUCCCAUGCCUCAAGGACCUCGCGGACCCCCCAGAGGACCUCCUCCUGGCGGCCCUCAAUACUAUGAGGACUACGACCCGAGCUACAACGGUGGUCCCGGCGGCGAUGCCUACUUCGACCCUGAGAGCAACUCGUUCGUCAUGCCCUACGCUCAGCCCGUCACUCGUCGUGCAAUGACGCCACCACCCAGCGGCUCCCGCUUCCGUGGCCCGCCUCCUCCCCGGGCUAUGCAUGGUUCCAUGGGCGGUCGCAUGGCCAGCCCCGGCCCCGGUGGCAGACGUCCUCCUCCUCGUGCCGGCUCGGCCAUGUCCAGCCGCCUUGGACCUUCUCGACCGGGAUCCGACAUGUCCAGCCAGUACACUCCUCGGCCUGGCUCUUCAGUGUCCAACAGGACCGCUGGAGGUAGACCCAAGCCCAAGGGACCUCCCCCUGCCGACUUGACUACCAUGCCCAACCCGUCCAAGCUCAAGGAUGACUCCUUCUCCAUCCUGAACCCUCUCGACUUCGCUCCUCCCGAGACCUUCUCUUCCCGCGCCCGUGGCCGUUCCCAGAGUCCGGCGGGUGAGAGACGCCCUUACGCAGCGCCUUCAAUUCCUGUCCAUUCCCCAUUGGUUAGCAGCUUCGAAGAGAUGCCUGCCAUGCCCAGCCCUCACUUGCUGCGCAAAUCCGGAACCUUCACUGGCCUCGACUUUGCUCCUCCCCGCAAGUUCAAGGACGGUGACAACAUGAGCGAUGCUGGUAGCAUUCGUAGCAACCGUAGUGGUAUCUCGGCUGUCCAACAGGCCGCUCUCCGCAGCGGUGCCGGCAGAGUCAGCCGCUUGCCCGGUGACACUGUUUUCACGCCAACGGCCCUCGAUGACCAGCUCAAGCCGCAAUGGGGCAUGCGUCCUUAA